AUGGCAGAUGUAUAUAGGGACGACGAAUCGAAAUACCUUAAAGCCCUUACGGCUGAAUAUCCUCAAAUCGCGUUUUCAAAAGUGAUAAAAAGCACGUCCAUGGAAAGUUCAGACUUAUUUAAGUCGCAAAAGGAUCUUGAAGAAACGCUAGUUUCAUUAACGAGAAAAGGGGAAUCAACAAAAUGGUCUUUUCGAUCGUUUAAAGAAGAAUGUGAAGUGGAUAAAAAAGUAAUUCCGGCUUUCCAACCUUAUAAUUUAACAAAGGAAGCGAUUGAAGAAUUUGACGCUAACAAUAGGAAGAUGGCGAAUCGUCUAACAAAAGAUGACAAGACGGAAGAGAAUGUUACAUCGCACUUUUAUUCAUUUGUUAUUCCAAUUCUCCAUCUCUUAUAA